UUCACCUCCAAGACAUAUUAGGUGUAUUCAUAAUUUCAUAUAAGUCAUAUUGCACCAAUUAUUCAUUCCUUAGGAUUUUUAGCAUUAACUCUAGAAGAUAUUCAUAAUCAAUCAAUCAAUAAUUACGAACCUCCCACAUUAAUCUUCAAUAUCAAGUCAUACUUAAUUCCUAAAUAAUUUUUUCCCAAAUACAACAAACAAAAUUAGCCUAAUUAAUAUCUGCUCCCCACCUAAUUCCUCAACAUCACAAUACAAAACAUAUGUUAAUUACUAACUCAAUAAUAAAAUAAUAUUUGGAUUAAUGACACAAUCAAUCAUGACCAACCUCCAACUUCAAAAAAAAUUAUAUAAGAAAUUAAAGGAAAUCGAGAACCAGCAUACACUCUCGCCGGCAUGCCGACAAGCCACCGGAACUCAACCGGCGGUGGACUACGUAAUCAUUUCUAACUUGGUUGGACACCUGCCUUUCCCAACCAUUUCUAAAUAAAAUAAGUAAACGGCACUCUUUGUUGGCCUAGAACAGUUAGGUUGGGUCUUAGAGCCUCACGAAGAAGGUGACAUUUCCUCAAAAUAACCCCAAAAGGAUUUCCUAAGAACAGAGCAGAAGGAAAAGAAAAUCACAUAAUCAGAAACAUGUGGUGGACAAUGUUAUGGUUCGGUUUGGUUCAAUAUACAAAACCAACCUGAUAUGAUAUUUAUAUUCUACAUAAAUCAAUUAGAAGUACGGAAACUGUAUCUUGAUCUACAAGCCGAAAUAUAAUUACAAAUUUUAUCAAAUCAAUAUUGAUUGACCUAUUGGGCCAUAUUGAAUUUAGUAACUUGAUCAUAAUUUCUUCUAUGAAUGGUGUAUGAUUUUAUUUUGAAUAACAAAGGUGUUAAUGAAACAACAGAGGUGGAAAAAACAUUCAAGGCGAAAGAGGAGAGAUAAAAAAAAAAAAAAAACACAAAGAGCUAGAAACUAAGAAAAAGUCUCAAAGGAUCAUAAAAGUAUAGGGUCAUCAACUAACAUGAUCAACAAUGUUGUUCAGCACUUUGAGCUAGGAAUAUGAUAUACAUAGUGCGAUUUCUUUGCAUGAUCAAAGUCCAUUAUAAAAUCAAGCCCAAACAUUUUGAUUCGAAAAAUCAAAUCGACUUAAGAGUGCAUAUACGCUAAGUCUAAUCGAACCAUGCAAAGGAUUCGGUCUAAAUCCAACCCGGUUUCCGGUCCAAUUCCCUUACCCCUAUUUAUUUACAAACAUACAAGGACUUCUUACCUCUUACAAAUAGAGAGAAAAAGGAAAUGGAAAGAAAAGAACAGAGAACAGUGCUACUGAAGACUUGAAAGCCACAAUAAGAUAUUUGAGCGCCCCUAUAAAACCCACCAUUAUUGUCCACUUCUUCUCCUCAGCACCCCAAAAAACAAACAUUUUCUCCUGUUUCACUCUCCCCCUUCCGCCAUUGCCAGACUCCCCUGCUUCUGCUUGGAGCUCUGAAGCAGAGCAAUAGCAAAAAAACAGAGUGAGAAAUAGUUCACAUUUCUCAGCUCCACCAGAGAUGAAAUGUACACUCCUUGAUUAGCUGCUUAAGAUCUCGCCCAACCAUUCCAAUCUCCCCCCCUUUUCUUCCAGAUCUAACCCCCUUUUUUUCCAGCCUUCCAAUUCGUUGGCUGUGUCUGAAAAAAAAGCGAAGGAGGAGGAGAAAGAAUGGAGUACACGACGAGGGCAAUUCCGGAAUCGUUCCGGGGAGCGAGAGACGACUUUACGCUUCAAUUCUCGAUGGUGUGGGAUCAGAUCAGAGCUCCGUUGAUCGUCCCACUGCUCCGGCUGGCCGUCGCCGUCUGUCUAAUAAUGUCGGUCAUGCUGUUCAUCGAGCGGGUGUACAUGGGCGUCGUCAUUAUUCUGAUCAAACUGUUCGGCCGGAGGCCGGAGAAGCGGUAUAAAUGGGAGCCGAUGAAGGACGACGUCGAGCUGGGCAACUCCGGCUACCCCAUGGUCUUGAUCCAAGUCCCAAUGUACAACGAACGUGAGGUGUAUCAGCUUUCGAUCGGAGCAGCUUGUGGGCUAUCUUGGCCAUCGGACCGGAUCAUAAUUCAAGUGCUUGACGAUUCGACCGAUCCCACGAUAAAGGACAUGGUGGAGUUAGAGUGCCAGAGAUGGGCAAGCAAAGGGAUCAACAUCAAGUACGAAAUUAGAGACAAUAGGAAUGGGUACAAGGCGGGAGCCUUGAAGGAAGGAAUGAAGCGAAGCUACGUUAAGAACUGCCACUAUGUGGCGAUAUUCGAUGCCGAUUUCCAGCCCGAGCCCGAUUUCUUGUGGCGCACCAUCCCCUUCCUCGUGCACAACCCUGAGAUCGGUCUAGUUCAAGCCCGUUGGAAAUUCGUGAAUGCUGACGAAUGCCUGAUGACAAGAAUGCAAGAGAUGUCAUUGAACUACCAUUUCUCCGUCGAACAAGAAGUCGGGUCCUCCACCUACGCCUUCUUCGGGUUCAACGGCACGGCGGGUGUGUGGAGGAUCGGCGCACUGAAUGAAGCCGGCGGGUGGAAGGACAGAACCACCGUCGAGGACAUGGACCUCGCCGUCCGGGCCAGUCUUAAGGGCUGGAAGUUCUUGUACCUCGACGACCUCAGGGUGAAAAAUGAGCUGCCAAGUACGUUCAAGGCCUACCGUUAUCAGCAGCACCGGUGGUCUUGUGGUCCAGCCAACCUCUUCAGGAAGAUGAUCAAGGAAAUCGUCAUGAACAAGAAAGUGACACUGUGGAAGAAAGUCCAUGUGAUCUACAGCUUCUUCUUCGUCCGGAAGAUUGUAGCCCACAUCAUCACCUUCGUAUUCUACUGCGUCGUCUUGCCUGCCACCGUCGUGGUACCUGAAGUGGAGGUCCCCAAGUGGGGGCUCGUCUACAUUCCCUCUAUCAUUACCGUCCUCAACUCGGUCGGCACUCCUAGGUCACUCCACUUGGUGAUCUUCUGGAUCGUGUUUGAGAACGUCAUAUCCCUCCAUCGAACUAAGGCCACCUUCAUAGGCUUGCUGGAGGCAGGGAGGGUGAAUGAAUGGAUCGUGACUGAGAAGCUAGGCGAUGCCCUUAAGACCAAAUCCACUAAGGCACCCAAGAAGCCUCGAUUCAGACUCAGCGAGAGGCUUCAUGUCUUGGAGAUUCUGACCGGGUUUUAUCUCCUGACCUGUGGCUUAUACGACCUGGCCUACGGUCAAUAUCGCUACUACUUGUACCUCUUCGUUCAAGCCGUAGCGUUCUUCAUUGUUGGAUCGGGUUAUGUCGGCACAUUCGUCUCUCAUUCUUGAUGAACACGCGCGAUGUGAUAUUUAGCGAUGAAAAUGCUCGCCGCUGAAUUUCUCAACUUGGUUGGUUGGGGUGGGGAGAAAAAUAUUACUCCUUUGUUGUUCUUACACUUCCUCUUCUUAUUUAUUUUGUGUAAAGGGUGGCGAAAGAAAGACCGACCAUCAUAUUCAAUUCUUUUGGGGUUGGGGGCAUAAAAAGUGUUGGAGGAUGGAACGAAGAAGAGAAGGGUUAUUGGGGUAAAUUUCCUAUCUAGGAUUUCUUGUGAAUAUAUGUGAUAGUAAAAGUUGAAAGAAAUUAAAAGAGGUAUUUGGAAAGAAUUGUUACAUUUUACAUACGAGAGGUGGGCAAUAGAAAGAAGAGGUAAAUAGAAGAACAAAGUUGUUUGUGUUCUAAGUAGAGUUGAAAAAAUGUAUUUGUGAGUUGCAGCAAUUUGUUUUGGGUCGGUUAUACUUUUUUUCUAUAGCUACCAAUGUUGGGGUUUGAAAUUUAGGUUGGAAGGAAUAAAUAAAUAAAAAUUAUUCCUUUUAUGUGGUUUUCAUGACAUAGUUGAUAAGUCAAUUCAAUGAAUAAUCUGGUGUUUAGUUAAGGAUGUACACUUUGCAGUGGCAAGACCACUCCACUAAUUUGUAGUUUUCCAUCAAAUUUUGGGAGCUAGUCAUUUAAGGUUAGAAAAGGUUAUGUAUAUGAAGUAAUCUCAGGAUUUUGUGACCCCUUACUUGAAGUAGUAAUAUGAUGUUUUAUCGGAACAUUUUAUAUGAAAAAUACACAGAGUUAUUGUAUUGAUGGAUUAAUAUAUUGCAAUCUAUUCCAUUUGAUUACCAUAUAAUUACAGGAGCUAAUGUGCAACGGUAACAUAUGUGUAAAAAAAGUACAUAUAAUAUAGAAAAAAAAAUGAAAAUGUAUUAUAAUGUUAAAUCUUCAAUAAUCACUACUUUUUUUUUCCAGUCAAGCAUUACUCAAGUAGGUGUGUUUUAGGUUCAAUCCAACCACAGAUGUGCACUUCACUAGUAGGUAGGAUGUCUUCCAUCGCAUCAUCAUCAUAGUCGAACAUGUGAUAUUUACACAUAUCUAGCAAAUAUAACACAAUACUUCCUUUGAAAAAACAUUUAGGGAAGAUUAUUUUGUUUCCAUUCCUAGAAUUUUCGCCACAGUGGAGAAAAUUCUUUCUACAAAAAGAUUGUUUACUAGAAAGCACACAAAAAAGAAUCACUAUAUUUCAUCAAAAAAGAAAAAAAAAUGCAAUCGAAUGCUACAACGAUCUGGAACCCUUUUUGGAGACAAAUCUCCUCUCGCUCCCUGAGUAUCCUCGCUCAAUCCAGUCAUCCACCGGAUAUAAAAGACUAGAUUAUUAGAGAACAUACCGAUUUUCACCUCUAUUCAUAUAUAUAAAAGAUUAGUCAUGACUCAUGACUAGGUAGGAUCUUAAAUAUUUUUUCCUUACAAUUACAUAAAAUGAGGGGGUAUUUGGAAAAAAUUGUUACUAGGUAGGAUCUUAAAUCUCCUAUCUAAGAUUUCUUGUGAAUAUGUGUGGUAGUAAAGGUCGAAAGAAAUUAAAGCGAGUAUUUGGAAAGAAUUGUUACAUUUUUACAUACGAGAGGUGGGCAAUAGAAAGAAAAGAAAAAUGGAAGAACAAAGUUGUUUGUGUUCUAGAGUAGAAAGAGUGUAAUUCUGAGUUGCUGCAAUUGGUUUGAAGUCUAUUAUAUAUAUAAUUUUUAUAGUUACCAAUGUUAGAGGUUCAACUUUGGGUUGGAAGAAAUAAAUAAUUAUUAUAUAUAUCUUUUUGCCUGUUUCUAUCACAUAUUUAAUGAAUCAAUUCAUUGAAU